CUACGUUAAUGUACAUGAUCACCUGUUAUACAAUAGGUCUAUAUACCACAUGUUACCGGUCAAUAACGCCACAUGUUAACUAUGGUGAUAUUCGUUCACAUAUGUACAGAAUACAAACGUGUAUGUAUAUCAACAGUUUGUUGAUCUCGCAGAAUGAAGAAGAUUCAAUAUGACUUAAAAGCGACUGUUUAGGCCAAGAAAGUCGUACAAUAUAUAUGGACUAUCUGCGACAAUAACGAAGAUAUGGUGAUCUGGAAACUAAACAAUGGCGGGAAAUUCAUGCUCUGCAUAUGCGUAUUCACGGUGGUAUUGUACAUCUGGUUUAGAGGAAGCAACUUGACAAAUUUAUUGCCUGUUUGGGCUAAACAAACACUGAAUUUUGAACAAGAGGUCGUAGGAGCAAAAAAACCUCACAUCCUUUUCAUAUUUGCUGAUGACUACGGAUAUAACGAUAUCGGUUACCAUGGAUCCGAAAUAAAGACACCUCAUUUAGACCAGCUGGCGAAGGAGGGAGUAAGACUAGAAAACUACUAUGUCCAGCCAAUAUGUACGCCAUCGAGGAGUCAACUUAUGUCCGGCAGAUAUCAGACGCACACUGGGUUACAACAUAGACAUAUUGCGGGGAAUAUGCCGAACGCACUACCACGUGAUAGUCCUACACUUCCGGAAAAACUACGAGAAGCAGGGUAUUCUACACACAUGAUUGGCAAAUGGCAUCUCGGCUUUUACAAAAAAGAAUUCUUACCGAACAACAGAGGAUUCGAUUCGUUUUACGGGAUCUUGGCAGGACAAGCAGAUCAUUACAAUAAAACGUAUUGUUAUGAUUUCUGUGGAUACGACUUCCGGGAUAACAAUGGACCGAUUAACCCAGUUCCCAUGGAAUAUUCAACCCAUUUGUAUACCAGACGUGUUGCAGACCUUGUCCACAAUUACCCGUCGACAAAGCCGAUGUUUCUUUAUUUGGCGUUUCAAGCUGUGCAUGGCCCACUUGAAGUUCCUACACAAUAUUCAGAACCCUAUUCCCAUUUGCCCGAUUACAACCGGACAAUAUAUUCAGGCAUGGUGGCUGCAAUGGACGAAGCCGUAGGGAACAUCACAGCAGCACUCCGAGCCAAAGGGAUGUGGGAUGAUACAAUUCUGGUCUUCUCUACAGACAAUGGAGGCAGAGUGGACCUAGGCGGAAAUAAUUGGCCUUUACGAGGUUGGAAAAGUUCCUUGUGGGAAGGAGGAGUGCGUGGUGUCGGAUUUGUCAACGGGAAACAAUUGAAGAACAAAGGCACAAUUUCCAAGGAACUCAUUCACGUUUCUGACUGGUAUCCUACAUUGAUUGGACUAGCAGGUGGAUCUCUGACAGGUACCAAACCUUUGGACGGAUUCGAUCAGUGGAACACGAUCAGUAAUGGCGCUUCUAGUCCCAGAGAUACACUUCUACAUAAUAUAGACCCAUUGUCAGACCCUGUCGGAGAUAAGUUGGAAGGGAGUCCCUUUGAUAACCGCUACAGAGCAGCCUUGAGGUGGAAAGAUUGGAAAAUAAUAACCGGAACACCAGCAUAUUCAGGUAACGGAAGCUGGAUACCAGCGCCUGGCUCUUCCUUUCAAUCUCGUCCAGAUAUCGACGCAGGAAAUCCUAAAAAGAAUAUUUGGUUAUUUGAUAUUGUUAAAGACCCAGAGGAGAGAGAUGACUUACAUGAGAAGCUUCCAAAGAUCACAAUGUUGAUGUUGAAAAAGCUACAACAAGCGAAUUCCACUGCUGUACCCUGUAGAUAUCCACCUGUUGACAAUCGGGCUGACCCCAAACUUCAUGGCGGAUACUGGGGACCCUGGCUAUAGAGAUUUGUCACUUAUUUGAUUAAGUUUUUCAUACAUGUUUUAUCUUCUGAGCAACGAAUGUAAACUGUACAAGCUAAAGGUAUAUAAACUGUACUUAGCCUUAAUAUCAAGUUCGUGUUCACUAUGAUUCCUGUUUUUAACCUGAUUUUGUAACAGAAUAGAUUUGACUCGGUAUUCUUGAAGCAAAACACCUACUUCUUUGAAGUGCAGAAGAGUGACUACACGGAUAUAUAUUUACAUUCUGUGUUGCAUUUGUCUAUAUGUCGUUAAUAAACGAAAUUGAAUUCAUGAGACUGUA